AUGAGGCGGAUCGACAGUUUCGAGCAGCCAGAGAGGAGCAACGAGGUCCAUUGCGACGUCGCGCGCAGCUCGGAUUUCAGCUUGGUCAGCUACCACUCAGUGAUUGCGAGGAGGUGCAGGCUUCACUUCGGCAACUUCAGCAACGCAGAUGCAGAAUCACCGGGGCUGCGCAUAUUGACGGUGUGGAACGACAGAUACAGGGGGCGUGGGAGCGCAAUGGCCACAGUUUGGUGCGUAGAUUGGCUCGAAGAUUGGCGGCGACAUCGGUUGGGCCAGGCAGGCGCCUCUGCUGUGUACCAGUGUACCAGCAGCGCCCAGCCCGUCGGUAGAGAUGUGGGCCCAUCAUUUGGCGCGGCCUGA